GUCGAGCCGCCCUCGUGCGAUCUCGCGUUCUCGCAAUCAUGUGAUGGAAAUUCGCUGGGGAAUAAGACUCGUAGUACGAUGACACUCCUUGUUGCUUACGACUUUCGUCGAACCGCGACGUGAGAAAUAUUUCCUAGUUCAAUUUCGUCGAGAGUGCAAAAAUCUGUGGCGCACGUUUCCUACAAAUUUAAUUUUCAUAUAUAUAUAAAUAUAUAUAUAUAUAAUAUAUUAGUCAAAAUUGACCAAUUUAAAAUUUCGAGAAAAUCCAUGUGCUCGCAGCAUGGCUAUUUUGCAAUCCUGUUGCUGUUGGCAAUCCGUACGCAAAGGCAGCUACGCCUGUGCCGUUUAUACUACAAUAUACUUUGCUCUACUAGUAUUAACUACCGGCACGGUUCUUCGAGAGGAAAGUCAAUAUCUCAAGGGGAACGUUUCUCUACCGGAGUCAUCCAGUUUUCUAGAAUCGGGGACCAUAUCGCCAACCACGGUUUAUUUCAACGGAAUGCUGCUUGUCUGCUCCUGCUGCGGCGUGUUGUGCAGCCUCCUUCUUUUGUACGGCUUGUACAAGGAUCACAAAAUAUUGCUGCUUCCAUGGAUUAGCGUAAUUAUCACAUGUAGCAUCGUUGACAUAGCACAUUCGCUAUACUUAUUUAUUGUUACAUCCGAGUUUAAUCCAGCAAGAGUUAUGCUCUACACAUUAAAUUUCUUUCUACUCUGUUUAAACAUAUAUUCGCUUUUAUGUGUCAUCUCGCAGUAUCAAGAGUACUCAGCUGGUCGCGGCACAGCUGCGCAUGACUACGAAUAUAGGGUCAGUAUUCCGAAAAUUUCGCAGAGGAAAGAACAGUGGGAUGAGGGACAAAAAGUUCCAGUAGUCAGAUACGUAACGCAACCGCCGACUACGACCGCUACCACGUCGUGUCUAAGUUCGCGAAAAGGUGUCACUAACAAUGAAACAAAAGCUACGCCGACUCAGAGUCCCACGACAUGUCACAACCCUCUGUUAUCGGAGAAAAGUCCCACGGGGGGCCGGUUAUCAAGGAAGCACGUUCAAUUUCCAGAUACAACGACAAGUCAGAGACCAGAGAUACCAAUAGCAAUGGACCAAACGAAAUGUUCGCCGAAAAUUGAUCGAAAUAAGGAUCGUUCGAGAACUUGGCUGAAACCUAACGAUAUAACGAUCCUAGUUAGUCAGUCCUCACCGUCAAGCGACGAAGAGCAUGUCGAUUACUCGUAAACAAUAUGAUUACUCGAUACACACACACACACAUACAAUGCAAUUGUUAACAAUCAAUAAAUAUGUACAUAUAUGUGACUCCUAUGCGCGCAUCCAGGGAGGACGUGUAUUAUCAAUGUGUAAAUACAAAGAUCAAUUUUUUUAUAUAAAAGAAAAGACAAUCUUU